UUCCAGCAUUUUCCAAAAAGCUGAGAGAAUAUUUUGUAUACAUUCGUGUUGGGAAGUGUUUGAUGAGAAUAAAUCACAAAAAAGGCAAAAGUGUACGUCAUAAUGAUUUAACAACCAAAGAAGAUGAAUCAUUAUUAUGUGGUAAGAAAAAGCCUUCGAUUUACAAGUUACCAACUCAGACACGUCUCAAACUCUCCAUUCGUAAAUGGAAUGUGGCGGCGAAGUGGCGAUGGAGUAUUGGUGAGGGGCCGUGUGGAAUUUGUCGUGAAACGUUUGACUCUUGUUGCGUUACGUGUCAGACGCCUGGCGACGAAUGUCCUAUUGCCAUCGGUAUAUGCCGUCAUGCGUUCCAUAUGCAUUGUAUCGUAAAGUGGACAAAAUCACAAAAAGUGGCUUAUCCACUGUGUCCCUUAUGCCGACAGAAAUGGGAGUUUGCACCGAUGGAACAUACUAAUGAUUGCCCAAAGAACUAAAAUUUUGACCAGUAUUUAAUUCAUACAGCAGAAUCGUAAAAUGUAUUCUCAACCUACUUUUUUAAGGCACACAUUGCUCAUGGGUGUACAUAUUACCUCUCCUAGCAUUUACCGUUAGCAUUACAUCUAUUCCCUUUUUUAUAGUAAUAAUUUUUUCGUUUCUUGGCCAACUUUCAAUAUUUUUUUCGCGACGUAUGCUUUACAACAACGAACAAAUUUUUUCUGCUCUUCAAAGAUUGCGAAACCAACGGUCUCAUCUCAUCGAAACUCUGGAAGAAAAUGUUUUAAAAAUUUUUAAGCAUUUUCAGUUUGUUCUUUUGCGUAAUCUUUUAAAAAUAUUUAUGAGCCAUUUCCCAUAGAUUCUGUGUUCGUUUUCCGCAUACUUGCAUUGUUUUCCACGCUGGGUACCCUGC